CGCUGAAGGGCACCGGCGGCGACGAGGCUUCCUCGCGGUCUCCCGCGGCUGGGGCGCGCCCCCCCCGCAGCAUGGAGGCUGGGAAGCGCAGCUCCUCCGCCGGCAGCCGGGACGAUGGCAGCGCUAACUCCUUCCCAGCCAAGCCGGCGGCUCCGGCGGAGAAAGCCCAGAGCAGCCCCGGCAGCGGCGGCGUGAAGGAGCAUGGCAACUCGGUGUGCUUCAAAGUGGACGGCGGCGGGGGCGAGGAGCCCGUGGUGGGCUUCGAGGAUGCCGAGGGACCCCGGCGGCAGUACGGCUUCAUGCAGCGGCAGUUCACCUCCAUGCUGCAGCCGGGGGUCAACAAAUUCUCCCUCCGCAUGUUCGGGAGCCAGAAGGCGGUCGAGAAGGAGCAGGAAAGGGUUAAAACUGCGGGGUUCUGGAUCAUCCACCCCUACAGCGACUUCAGGUUUUACUGGGACUUAAUCAUGCUCAUAAUGAUGGUUGGAAACCUUGUCAUCAUACCUGUUGGAAUCACAUUCUUCACGGAACAAACAACAACACCAUGGAUUAUUUUCAAUGUGGCAUCAGACACUGUUUUUCUAUUGGACUUGAUCAUGAAUUUUAGAACUGGGACUGUAAAUGAAGACAGCUCUGAAAUCAUACUGGACCCUAAAAUCAUUAAGAUGAAUUACUUAAAAAGCUGGUUUGUGGUUGACUUCAUCUCAUCAAUACCAGUGGAUUAUAUCUUUCUCAUUGUAGAAAAAGGAAUGGAUUCAGAGGUUUACAAGACAGCAAGAGCACUUCGUAUUGUGAGAUUUACAAAAAUCCUCAGCCUGUUACGUUUAUUGCGCCUUUCAAGACUGAUUAGAUACAUACACCAGUGGGAAGAGAUUUUCCACAUGACGUAUGAUCUGGCCAGUGCAGUGGUGAGAAUCUUUAAUCUCAUUGGAAUGAUGCUCCUGCUGUGCCACUGGGAUGGUUGUCUACAGUUUUUAGUACCAUUACUCCAGGAUUUCCCACCAGAUUGCUGGGUGUCCCUAAACGGUAUGGUUAAUGAUUCCUGGGGAAAGCAGUAUUCCUAUGCACUCUUCAAAGCCAUGAGCCAUAUGCUCUGCAUUGGUUAUGGAGCCCGCGCCCCUGUCAGCAUGUCCGACCUGUGGAUAACCAUGUUGAGUAUGAUCGUGGGGGCUACUUGUUAUGCCAUGUUUGUUGGUCAUGCCACUGCCCUCAUUCAGUCUCUGGAUUCCUCACGACGACAAUAUCAAGAAAAGUACAAACAAGUGGAACAGUACAUGUCAUUCCACAAGUUACCUGCUGAAAUGCGCCAGAAGAUCCAUGAUUACUAUGAGCAUCGCUACCAAGGCAAGAUCUUUGAUGAAGAAAACAUUUUGAAUGAGCUCAAUGAUCCUCUUAGGGAGGAGAUUGUCAACUUCAACUGUCGGAAGCUGGUUGCUACAAUGCCUCUUUUUGCUAAUGCAGACCCAAAUUUCGUGACUGCCAUGCUAAGCAAACUGCGAUUUGAGGUGUUUCAGCCUGGAGAUUAUAUUAUCCGAGAAGGGGCUGUGGGUAAAAAGAUGUAUUUCAUUCAACAUGGUGUUGCUGGUGUCAUCACCAAAUCCAACAAGGAGCUGAAGCUGACAGAUGGCUCUUAUUUUGGAGAGAUCUGCCUUUUGACCAAAGGCCGUCGAACUGCCAGUGUAAGAGCAGACACAUACUGUCGCCUGUAUUCCCUCUCAGUGGACAAUUUCAACGAGGUCCUGGAAGAGUACCCCAUGAUGAGAAGGGCCUUUGAAACAGUGGCAAUUGAUAGGCUAGACAGAAUAGGGAAGAAGAACUCAAUCCUCCUGCAGAAGUUCCAGAAAGACCUCAACACCGGCGUUUUCAACAAUCAGGAGAACGAGAUCCUGAAGCAGAUCGUGAAGCACGACAGGGAGAUGGUGCAGACCAUCGCCCCGGUGAGCCUGCAGCAGAUGCCGGCCCUCAACUCCAGCACCUCGGCCUCGUCGUCGCGCGGUCGGACGCAGUCGCCACCCGUGUACAGCACCAGCAGCCUCUCCCACGGGAACCUGCACUCCCCCUCGCCCAGCACGCAGACGCCCCAGCAGGCUGCCGUCAUCCUCUCGCCCUGCUCCUACACCACAGCCGUCUGCAGUCCGCCGGUACAGAGCCCGCUGGCCGGCCGAACUUUCCAGUACGCCUCGCCCACCGCCUCGCAGCUCUCCCUGAUGCAGCAGCAGCAGCAGCAGUCGCAGCAGCCGCCGCCGCAAGCGUCCCAGCAGCCCCCCGGCGCGGCGCAGAAGAACGAGGUGCACAAGAGCACCCAGGCCCUCCACAACACCAACCUGACGCGGGAGGUGCGGCCGCUCUCGGCCUCGCAGCCCUCGCUGCCCCACGAGAUCUCCACGCUGAUCGCCAGGCCUCACCCCACCGUGGGCGAGUCCCUCGCCUCCCUCCCGCAGCCCGCCCCGGGUGCCGGCGUGCCCCCGGCCGGCCGCGCCUCCGUCCCGCAGCGGGUCUCGCUCUUCCGACAGAUGUCCUCGGGAGCCAUUCCCCCGAACCGGGGGGCCGCGCCGCCCUCUGCUCCCCUGCAAAGGGAUUCUUCCACAGUCUUAAGCACAGAGCCCGAGGGAGACAAACCGCGUUUCGCCUCAAACUUAUGAUCCCUGAUGACUGUGAGCAACAGACUUUCAACAAACCGAGCACCAUCCCCCGAACUGUUGUAGCCUGUUUCCUAAUGUUCCCCAGCAGUCUACUAUGAGAAAAAUACUUUAGAUAGCUUUGCCCUAUGUAACGAAUGUAAAAAUUAUAUAUGUAUAUGUAUAUACAUAUAUAUGUAUACAUAUAUAUAUUAAAAGAAUUUAAAAAACUUGUUUGAAUUCAUGUCUUCCUUGCUCUCAACCAUUAAAGAAAAUUAAAUUUAGCUGUAAUGUUUUUAAUGUGUUGACUUCAAAAUCAGCCUAAGAGCUGUUCUCUGUCUAGGGGAUCUGCUAUUUUCAUGGGAGAAUUGUCAACACAAUAACAAACAAAUAUAUUAAAAAAAAAAAAAGAAAAAGAAAAAAAGAAAUAUCGGUUUGACUAACAAGUAACACGUAGCACUGACCGAGUGAUAUUCUGAAAUCUGUGUUAUUUCAUUUAUUGCAUAUAUGAUGUUAAUUUCUUGUGAAGAAUUCAGUUGUUAUUUUGCAUUACAUUUCAUAUGUUAGCACCAUCCAUUUGGAUUUAGGUUGGAAAAGCAUUAUAUUGCAAACAUCUGCAGUCUAAAGGGUGGCACUAGCACUCCUCUGGAUAGGUUGUAACCUCAUGACAUGUCAACCCUUCUGUUGUUUAAGAAAAUUGGGUGGACUUUGAUCUUCAUAUUGCUAAAGACUUUUACAAAGACUAAAUAUUGCCAUUGUAAAUAACUUUUUAGAACCAAGCAAAAAUAGCUGCUGUGUGGUGUACCAUUGCAAGGUCUUUGUUUAGGAAUUUAGGUUCCGCUUUUCACUUCAAAAUUUACAGUUUUAAAAUUUGUUAAAGCUAAGUGCAACACAACUGUUAAAUUGUAAUGCAAUGGCUUAAAACCUACGGUGUUACUUUUACAUGCAAUGUUUUAUGCAAAAUUGUACGCUUGAUCCUGCAAACCGCUUGUACUUCACCAAUACCAUCACUUUUCUUCUUCUUGCCCUCAAUAGCAUCUGAGAAUAUUCCAUGCAUGCUUUGGAAAAAAAAAAAAAAAGACGAUAAAAUAGGUUUGGUCAGUAGGAAAAGGCUUUAUGGUAUCUUAGAAAAUAAUAACCAUUCAUUAAUUGUGUCUACCUUAAAAUUCCUAUAAUGCUGACUUUGAAUCUCUGGUUUAAGUCUAGAAGUGAGGUUUUUCAUUUAAAGGAUUAUUUGUAAACCACAGCUUGAUUUAGACUUUCAGGUGCUUUCUGUGUCUUCACUGUAGUUUUGUAGUUGACUGUGGUGUUAAUUUACAAAAAUAAAUAUAAUAUAGCAUCAAGUCUGUCUGGAAAUGCACGAUUUGCUCUGUGUAUAUUGUAAUUAAAUGGUUAGUAUAUCCUAAGGCAUGUAGUGUCAAACAUAGCCCAUAGGUAUGAGGUUUAUUAUUUUUUAUGUCUUCAAAACAGAAAGGAAAUGGUGACAGAAAGCAGGGUUAAAGCAUACUGUUUUGUGAACAUUUUGUUUUGUUUGCUCAAACCUUCACAUUAUCUUAUCCAGAAAAAAAAAAUUCGUAAUCAUUUGUGCCUGAUUUGUCACAUUAAAUAGAGAUUGAGACUAAAUGUGUCAUAAUUCAACUCAUUAAAAAUCAGCAUUAUGGAUAUGAUAUAAGCAUAUAUUCUGUUCCUUAAAACCAGGCUGAUUCAUGUUAAGGAAGUGAAUGCAAAGGAGUUCUCUUUCCAUUAAUGCUGAAUUUAACGAUGCAUGGAAAAAUUAAAUAACAUCACAAACUACGUAAUGCAGUGAAUCCAGAUGUACUUGAGAGCCAAGUAAAAUAUACUAAAGCUAACAGAGCUUGAGCCCAUGCUGCCUGUUAUACGUUUUACUAAAAUGGUACAUCAAAUAAAAUUUUU